AUCACAAUUGCCCUCAUUAAAAUCACUCAACUGUAAUUUCAUGCAUUCUCUGCUUUUUAUACUCCAUCCCCUACCCUUCAACUUCUACAACUACCCCCACAUUUUCCACUCACUCAGACACUCACUCACUCACUCACUAUUCAACCAAACAACAGAAAAAAUGAUGGACUUCUCUUCUUACUAUCACUUAGUAUUCAUCACAUUAGCCCUCUUAAUUUCAACUCUUACCUUGUUUCUCACCACAACAAAGUCAAAAAAGAAAUCAUUCCGACGUCGUCUCCCUCCAGGCCCGCCCGGAUGGCCCAUCGUUGGUAACCUCUUCCAGGUGGCUAACUCUGGUAAGCCAUUCUUUGAGUAUGUGAGGGACUUGUUGCCUAAAUACGGCCCCAUUUUUACCCUUAAGAUGGGGUCUCGAACCAUGAUCAUUAUUAGUAAUGGGCAGUUGGCUCAUGAGGCUCUGAUUGAGAAGGGGCAGGUGUUCGCCACCCGCCCCGCCGAGACCCCUACACGGGCUAUCUUUAGUUGUGAUAAGUUUACUGUCAAUGCGGCCGUGUAUGGUCCCGUGUGGCGGUCUUUAAGGAAGAAUAUGGUUCAAAACGGGCUUAGUUCUUCUCGGCUUAAGGAGUUUAGAGAUGUCAGGGAUGCUGCUAUGGACAAGUUUAUUGAACGGAUCAAAACUGAGGCUGAGAACCAAAAAGGUGUCGUUUAUGUUUUAAAGAAUGCUAGAUUCGCUGUGUUUUGUAUCUUAUUGUCCAUGUGUUUUGGUGUUGAGAUGAGUGAGGAAACCAUCGAAAAGAUCGAUCAUAUGAUGAAAAUGGUGUUGAUAACGGUCAACCCGCGAAUAGACGAUUUCCUCCCUAUUUUAAGCCCCUUUUUCACGAAGCAACGUAAAGAGGCUUUGGAGGUUCGGAAGAAGCAGAUCGAGACGCUACGCCCAUUUAUCGAGCAGCGUCGGGCCAUUAUCCGGGCAGGGCUUGCCUCGGACCCGACAGCUGCACCGUUCUCGUACUUGGAUACACUGUUUGAGCUUCAAGUUGAGGGGCGGAUCUCGGGCCCGACUGAGCCCGAAAUCGUGACGUUGUGCUCGGAGUUUAUCAACGGAGGUACCGACACGACGGCUACUGCCAUCGAAUGGGCGAUGGCGAGGCUCAUAGAGAACCCCGCCAUGCAAGAAAGGUUGCAUGACGAGAUCCGGGCCGCUGUGGGUUCACGGCCCGUUCAAGAGGGAGACCUCGACAACUUGCCUUACUUGCAUGCAUUUGUUAAGGAGCUUCUUCGGAAGCAUCCUCCGACGUAUUUUUCCCUCACUCAUGCAGUUACUGAGCCCACCACGCUCGGAGAUUAUAACAUUCCCACAGGGUGCAACGUGGAGAUUUACCUGCCCGGUAUAUCGGAUGAUCCGAAAAUAUGGAGCGAACCUGAAAAGUUCGAUCCGGAACGAUUCUUAUCGGGUAGGGAGGAUGCAGAUAUGACGGGGGUAAAGGGAGUAAAGAUGAUCCCAUUCGGAGCAGGCAGGCGGAUUUGCCCGGGUUUGAGUAUGGCAACGAUUCAUGUGAAUUUGUUAAUUGCCCGAUUGGUGCAAGAAUUUGAGUGGGGGGCAUUGACGGAACAAAAUAAAGUUGAUUUUAGUGAGAAGCUGGAAUUUACUGUCGUCAUGAAGAAUUCCUUGAGAGCAAAGAUCAAGGCCCGGGUUUAAUUUAGUAUAAACUUUUUCAUGCAACAUAUUAUAUUUUGUUUAUUAUUAUAUGUUUUUCUGUUUGAAUUUGCAGUUGACUAUCUAUAUACUUGAUAAUAGUUUGUUUA